AUUGAAUUCAAGGUUUCAUUGAGUUUGUCUUAGCAAAUGAUUUGAGUGCGAGAAUUUCUAAUGCUUUAGGUUUAAACAUGUCAUUACUACAAAAUAGUAUUUUGUGAACAAUUUGCACUGAAUGGAGACGACUCUCAGUUCUGUCCGGGUUAGUUCACACGCUGGAAGCUGGUAUUCUGCAGACAGAACAGAGUUGUCAUCACAGUUAAACACUUGGUUGGAAAGUUGUGAAAAGAACGUUUCAAAUGCAAAUUUAGUCCGGGCAAUUAUAGUACCUCAUGCAGGUUACCGACAUUCUGGUUUAUGUGCGGCCCACGCGUACCGUCUAAUCAAUCCUGAUAAAAUAGAAUGUAUUUUUAUCAUAGGUCCCUCACAUCGUUUAAAUAUUGGGAAUACAUGUGCUCUUACUUCUGUAUCUGAAUAUGAAACUCCGUUUUAUAACUUAAAGAUUAAUACUAAUGUAUACAACAGCCUUAAAGAGCUUAACUGCUUCAGCGUUCUUGAAAAGAGUCAGGACGAAGCUGAACACUCUGUAGAAAUGCAGUUACCGUAUAUUGCUCACAUCAUGAAACGUAGGAAAGAUCAGUACUCCAUAGUUCCCAUAAUUGUCGGUUGCUUAUCAUCCGAAAAACAAGAAUUCUUCGGGAACCUCCUAUCGAGCUACAUGCUAGAUGAGAAGAAUCUCUUUGUGAUAUCUUCUGAUUUCUGUCAUUGGGGAAAACGAUUUCGAUAUCAGUAUUACAAUAAAUCCGAUGGUGCGAUAUGGCAGUCUAUUGAGAAACUCGAUCACCUCGUAAGUGGCUGCAGUAUUUUUAUUUUCACACUGUAUCCCUCUCAACUGUAAUUAAAUUUAAUGUCAUGCUUCACAGGGUUUAAAUGCAAUUCGAAGCCUGAAACCGAAAUCAUUCAUAAAAUAUCUAGAAGAGUACAGCAACACUAUAUGCGGCAGGAGAAGUAUAGGCGUGUUGUUAUUUAUGAUUGACUCUAUUCGACAGAAACGACCGUUAAACCUGGAACUUAAAAUUCUAAAUUAUACACAAUCCACCCGCUGCCAGUCAAUGGAAGAUUCAUCAGUGAGUUACACUGCAUGUGCCCUAGUCAGCCGUGAGUAAAUAUAUAAAAGGACCCAUAAGAAAAAGUUUGUUAUAUACUGAAAUAAAAUUAGCAAUCCCUAAA